AUGGAGGGGAGACCGGACGUUCGGGGAUUUAAGGCAAUGUUCGAUAUACUCGAAACAGAUAUUGUCAUUUUUCAAGAAGCCAAGAUCCAACGAAAAGACCUCCAGGAUGAUAUGGUGCUUGUCCCAGGAUGGGAUUGUUAUUUCAGCCUUCCAAGACACAAGAAAGGUUACUCCGGCGUAGUAAUAUAUACCCGCAGCUCCAAGUGUGCUGCAAUCCGGGCAGAGGAAGGGUUAACUGGUACUCUCUGCUUGCCGAACUCUUCAACUCAGUUUCGACAUUUGCCUGAAUCGGAGCAAAUCGGCGGAUACCCUACCACUGAGCAGCUAGAGGAACUGUCUGCUGUCGACCCUGCUACGCUUGACUCUGAAGGGCGAUGUUUAAUCCUGGAAUUUCCUGCUUUUGUCUUAAUAGGAGUUUAUUGUCCUGCCGACCGCGAUGAAGCCCGAGAUGAUUUUCGGCUUGGAUUCCUGAACGUACUUGACGCUCGCGUGAGGAAUCUCAUCAAGAUAGGAAAGCGUGUCAUUUUAACAGGUGACUUGAACAUAUCUGGGGCGGCGAUCGAUUCAGCACCGGCUCUGGAAAGAAUCAGGAAAAAUACCGAAACCGAGGAAGAAUAUACAUCUACUCCUUCGCGGUGUCUCUUCAAUCGACUCGUGAGGCGUGGGAGCUCAACCGGCUGUAAAGACGACGACGAAACUCCGCCCGUGCUUCGAGACCUCUGUAGGGAAUUCCAUCCUGACCGGGCUGGCAUGUAUACCGUUUGGAAUCAAAAAGUAAACGGUCGACCGGGUAACUUUGGCGCAAGAAUCGACUACGUCCUCUGUAGCGAGGAUAUCAGGGACUGGUUUGUUGAAUCCAACAUCCAAGAGGGACUUAUGGGAUCGGACCAUUGCCCCGUUUACGCUUCAAUGAGUGAUAAAGUUCUCUUAGACGGAAAGGAAGUCCAUACUUUAGAUAUCAUGAACCCCGAAGGCGCGUUCAAAGAUGGGAUACCACAACCUCGCUCUGCGAAACUAACGCCGCUACCGCUUUCAGGGAAGCUAAUCCCGGAGUUCAACCACCGCAGGAACAUUAAAGAUAUGUUCAGAAAUCAUUCCCUUUCCAGGACCAAUAGCGAAGUAAAAGUGCCAGCAGAUGACGAAUCUCGUGCUGUAUCCGAAGCUUCUGAUUCAGGUACCCAGUCCAAAAAUACCACUGAAGGCAAAAAUACUCCAACGACAAUGAACCCGCCUUCCAAGCGAAGCUAUAGCAACACCAGCCGGGUAUCACCUUCUAAGCGUCCGAAACUAAAAGGCCGACCUUCUGGCCAUCGAGGCAACGGCCAGCAAACCCUCGCAGGCUUUUUUAAAGCAGAAAGACCCAUGAACGCUACCAAUGAAGGGUAUGCGCCUGCUUCCAUCAGCUCCUCAGAGGGACCUCAGAGCGGAGUGCAGCCAGCUUUGAGGGAUGAACAAUCGGUCACUGCAGAAGCAACGGCUCUGGUGCCAGAUGAAUUCCCCAAGAUCUCUCCCGACUCCCCUGCUUUUUCAUGCAGCCCUAUUGAAUCAUGGUCAAAGGUCUUUACAAAGAAGCCCGUGCCUAAAUGUGAAGGCCACGACGAAGAUUGCAUUUCACUUGUCACCAAGAAACCGGGAAUAAACUGUGGAAGGUCUUUUUGGAUAUGUCCACGGCCGCUAGGUCCGAGUGUGACUGGCGAACAAGCUAACUAG